AUGGAAGUUGACCCCUACGCUGACACACUCCCUCCGCGUUACGCGAUCGAGUCCGACGAGGAGGAGGAAGAGUUCAACUCUCUGCACGUCGUAAAAUCAGCUACGAAAGACGCCGCUGUGGAGGUCAAGAUCCUAGGAGACCUUCCCUCAGGCAACCUAGUAGUUGCCUCAGAAGCAGCUGGUAAAAUAUGGGCAAAAGGUGCAAGCUUGGGCGAGCAGACCGGAGCCGUUUACGCGAAUAACGUCCAGAUCGGACUUGUAUUUAACCCAUCUUGGACAAAAUCGGUAGUUAUAAUCUCUGAAGCGCUCUCGAGACUGCCUCUAUACGUGAUGCAUUCAUACGCAAAGCACAUUCUGGAAUCCCUACAACCAAAGAGCCUCUCGCUUCUGGAUACCUACGCAGUGCCGACAUAUUCCGCGGACCACCCAAUUUCUUUCCAAGAGGCGCCGAUUCGGUAUCUCUCAGCAGCUGAAGAUACGAAGUUCCUUAAAGGAAAAGCAGAACCAUUCUCGCCGCCCAACCUUAUCCAAAGCACCUCAGCGUCUUUCCUGUCCAUCCUCAGCAUCACCAACACACCCGCAACGCUGAUCCUCCUUCCCUCGCCUCACAUCCCCCACCCUCCUCCCAAACAAAUAUCCCUGUCCAAUAUUUCUCAUUUGACAUACGACGACGUCGAAUGGCCCACAAACCUCAUAAAUACUGCUCAGAGUCUCUUGUUCAAGGCCGUAGGCGAGAACACCGACCAUGCUUGGAAGCCACUCGAGAGGACGAAACGAGAAAAGACAUCGAAGCGGAACACCGAAGUCGGCGAGGGGGGCAUGUAUAUCUAA